CACACGGAAGCAGAGGAGAACACGAGAAGACCGUGCGGGCGUGUACGCCGAGAAGCCACUGAGCGAAUCAACCAACCGACCCCCUUCCCCUCAACCCCAUCCUUGUCCCCACCGUCCCCCUCACGCCGACGCUGCUCUUCCCUCCCCCGAUGGCAACCGCCGCCGCGACGAAGGUCCCCGCGACGAUGCGGGCCGUGCAGUACGACGCCUGCGGCAGGGGCGCCGCGGGCCUCAAGCUUGUGGAAGUUCCUGUCCCUGCGGCAAAGAAGAAUGAGCUUCUGCUGAAGCUGGAAGCAGCAAGCAUCAAUCCGGUGGACUGGAAGGUACAGAAAGGGAUGCUACGCCCUUUCCUGCCUCGCAAACUGCCUUUUAUCCCAGUGACUGAUGUGGCAGGAGUUGUGGUUGAUGUCGGUCCAGGAGUCAAUGGAUUCCAGGCUGGAGAUCAAGUUGUUGCCAUGCUGAACUCAUUUUAUGGAGGUGGACUUGCGGAGUACGCUGUGGCAUCUGAAAAUCUGACCGUCAAGAGGCCUCCUCAGGUGUCCGCUGCUGAAGGCGCAGGGCUGCCCAUCGCAGCCGGCACUGCGCUCCAGGCUUUGAGGACCAUUGGCGCCAAGUUUGACGGAACUGGCAGGCCCUUAAAUGUGCUGAUCACCGCAGCAUCGGGUGGUGUCGGGCUCUACGCCGUGCAGCUCGCAAAGCUGGCAGGUCUCCACGUCACUGCCACCUGUGGCGCGCGCAAUGUGGAGCUGGUGAAGAGCCUGGGCGCGGACGAGGUGCUCGACUACAGGACGGCGGAGGGCGCCAGCCUGCAGAGCCCGUCAGGGAAGAAGUACGAUGGCGUCGUCCACUGCACAGUUGGGAUCAGCUGGUUGACGUUCGAGCCCGUUCUUGCCAACACCGGGAGGGUUAUCGACAUCACCCCGAACUUCACCGCCAUCCUCAAGUCGGCGCUGCACAAGGUGACGUUCGCCAGCAAGCGGCUGGUGCCCCUGCUCCUGUCUCCUAACAAGGCUGACCUGGAGUUCCUGGUCGGGCUGCUGAAGGAUGGCAAGAUGAAGACGCUGAUCGACUCCAGGUUCCCGCUGAGCGAGGCCAGCAAGGCUUGGGGGAAGAGCAUCGAGGGCCACGCCACAGGCAAGAUCAUCGUCCAGAUGGAAGGCUGAUCGGUUAUACCACCAUUAACAACAGCAGGGAGAAGUAUAAGGUAGCUGGCUAUAGACAUUACAGGGUUGACGGACAAGUAGUAGCAGGGUGUCUGGGUAUGGCUUCGUCGUACAGAAUAUUGGUGUGAGGAUAGAUGUUUAUAGGAUUGUGCUUGUUUCUUGUUUUUGCUUGUGAGGAUGAUGAGUUUCUCGAGCAGGUUGGGGGUUGUGGAUUUGCACAGUUGAUCAUUAGACUUGUUUUCGCAUCGUAGUAUCUCGCAGAACAUGUUCCGGUCUAUUAGACUUGUUUUUCUUUUGGGUGUUA